AACUGGCCAUGCUCCCCAUUCUCCAAUCACGCAAUUCCUGCCUUCUUCGUCUUCUCCCCUCUCCCGGCAAUAACCACCGCCGAGCCGUUGGAACGAGCCGCCCCGAGCUCCCCGUGAUCUGAGCUCCCCUGUAACAGAUGGAGCUGAACAUGGAGUCCAUGGCGGGGGCGAUCGGAGUUUCCGUCCCCGUGUUCCGGUUCCUUAUCUGCUUCCUCGCCACCAUCCCCGUCUCCUUCCUCUGGCGCCUCGUCCCCGGCCGCCUUCCCAAGCACCUCUACUCCGCCGCCUCUGGCUCCAUCCUCUCCUACCUUGCCUUCGGCUUCUCCUCCAACCUCCACUUCCUCGUUCCCAUGAUGCUCGGCUACCUCUCCAUGCUCCUCUUCCGCCCAUUUUGCGGAAUAUUGACCUUCUUCCUCGGAUUUGGCUACCUCAUCGGAUGCCAUGUAUACUACAUGAGCGGGGAUGCAUGGAAGGAAGGUGGAAUUGAUGCUACAGGAGCUUUGAUGGUGUUAACCUUGAAAGUCAUUUCCUGCGCAAUAAAUUACAAUGAUGGCUUGCUAAAAGAUGAGGACCUUCGUGAAGCUCAGAAGAAAAAUCAGUUAAUUAAGCUGCCUUCACUGAUAGAGUAUUUUGGGUACUGCCUCUGUUGCGGCAGCCACUUUGCGGGUCCCGUCUAUGAGAUGAAGGAUUAUCUUGAAUGGACUGAAGGAACGGGGAUUUGGAGUCACUCAGAGAAAGGGCCUAAGCCAUCACCUUUCGGAGCAGCACUUCGGGCAAUUAUUCAAGCUGCUUUUUGCAUGGCUAUGUACCUGUACCUAGUACCGCACUAUCCUCUGACUCGGUUUACCGAACCAGUGUACAAUGAAUGGGGAUUCUGGAAGCGGUUGAGCUAUCAGUACAUGGCUGGCUUAACCGCUCGCUGGAAAUAUUACUUCAUCUGGUCAAUUUCAGAGGCAUCUCUCAUCAUAUCCGGUCUCGGUUUCAGUGGAUGGACCGAAUCUUCUCCACCAAAGCCACGGUGGGACAGGGCAAAGAAUGUUGAUAUUGUGGGAGUUGAGUUUGCGAAGAGUGCGGUGCAGUUGCCACUUGUGUGGAACAUCCAAGUCAGCACUUGGCUCCGUCAUUAUGUGUACGAUCGGCUGGUUCAGACGGGCAAAAGGCCUGGUUUCUUCCAAUUGUUGGCGACACAGACAGUUAGCGCCAUUUGGCAUGGAUUAUAUCCUGGGUACAUCAUAUUCUUUGUACAGUCAGCUUUGAUGAUAGCUGGUUCUCGAGUCAUAUACAGAUGGCAGCAAGCAGUGCCUCCAAAGAUGGCUCUCAUAAAGAAUAUCCUUGUCUUCUUGAACUUUGCCUAUACCCUCUUGGUCUUGAAUUACUCUGCUGUCGGUUUCAUGGUGCUGAGCAUGCAUGAGACGCUAGCAUCAUACGGGAGCGUGUACUAUAUUGGAACGAUUCUUCCCAUAUCCCUGAUCCUCCUUGGCUAUGUCAUUAAGCCUGCGAAGCCCGCAAGAUCCAAGGCUCGUAAAGAUCAGUGAGUUGAGAAAUCUAAUUUCUUGUCUCCCUCUGUCUCUCUUCUUCUCUUGGACUUGCCUUCGGUUUGAUAUGUUGUAGUAGGUAGAAGAGAGCCCUGAAACAGUUCUUUGUUUUGUUUUUAACUUAAUGAAUUUGUGCCAUAAGUUGUUUUCGAGAGUUAAUGGAAACUGUUGAGCCUUUUUCCCUUCACUUGCUAUGGCUUUCAAGCUUCGACAUUGA